AUGUGUGCGGCACUGGUGCGGCUGUACUGCUAUGACCUCUCUGGCGGCAUGGCUGCAAGCCUGAGUGCGGUGUUGAUUGGGCACCACCUGGACGCCAUCUGGCACACCGCCAUCGUCGCCUACGGAAAAGAGUUUUACUUCGACGGCGGCGUCGGCGUGGUGCACGAGCCGCCGGGGCGGACACGCUUUGGGGCGCCGAGGCGCAUCGAGGUUCUGGGGGAGACCACCAAGACAGAGGCGGAAUUCCAAGCGUGGAUCCAGCAGCAGCGUCGUCGCGGCUUUGGCCCGUACGACUACAACCUUCUUAGCCGCAACUGCAAUCAUUUCACGCAGGAUGCGGCGCAAUUUUUGCUGCAACGAGAUAUUCCGGACGACAUACGCAACAUGCUCCCGCGAGUGUUGGAGACGCCGCUGGGCCGCACGCUGCUUCCCAUGCUGCAGAGUCUCACGACGGCCCCGGCGGCUGCUGCUGCGGCUGCGCCCCCACCAGCGCCUGUUCGGGCGUCUGCCCCUGCGCCGGUCACGGGGGUCGGUUUACGUUCCACGAAGGAGAAGUUCACGGAGGCGGAGGAGGAAGAGCUGAUGCUCGCGUGUGCGAUGCUGCAGUCCAACGAGUUGCUCUCGCCAGGGUCGCGCGAGGGACUGGAUGUCACGCGUGGGGCGCUUGAACUUCUUCGCGGGUCUCUCGUGAAUAUACUGGAGAACCCCACUGAGCCAAAGUAUCGGGGCCUGCUCACAUCCAGUCAAACCUACAGGACAAAACUGCUUCCAUUGGAGGAGUUUGGCGUGAUGGACAUUUUGCGUCUCUCUGGGUUUCGUCUGCGGCAGCAUCCCUCCGGUAAAGGGCAGCAGUGGUACCUCAGCGACGCCGACGGCAGCGACGUGAUACUGAGUAUUAUGGUUGCCCACUUGAGCGACCUGCUGGAGGCGGUGAACGCGGAGGCGGCCGCGUCCGUGUCUGGGUCUGUGGAGGAGGCCCCUGUUUGUAGUGCGACGCCGGUUGCGGCUGAGGAGCCCCGUCGUCCCCCAGCGGAGGCUGCGGCGAACAGCGCGGGAACUCGUGCGUUGGAGGCGAUUUUGCACGACGCCGGAAAACCCCUCUCCUCGCUCGAGGAGCUGUGGAACUGGUCGCCCACGGCGCACGGCCCCAUCACGCCCGCCCUGCCUUGCCGUCGGCGCGUGGCUGGCGCGUGCGGGGCGGCGACCCGACUUUUGGUCUGCCACGACAUGCGCGGCGGGUACCUGCCCGGCGACUACGCCCGUUUCGCGCUCUGCGACGCCGCGUCGCUGGUGGAGCCUGCGGUGGACGCCAGCUACACAGUGAGCUACUGGGGCCUCGUGGACUACUUUGUCUACUUCGCCCACCACCGCGUCUCCGUUCCGCCGAAGGAGUGGAUCAACGCCGCCCAUCGUGCGGGGGUCCCGGCGCUCGGCACCUUCAUCACGGAAUGGAACGGGGAGGAGAUUCGCAUGCUGCUGCACAGCGCACAGAAAAUGGGCGACGCCAUUCGGCAGCUGGUUGCCGUCUGCAACGCCUACAACUUCGACGGCUACCUCGUGAACAUCGAGGACAGCGUGGACGCGACGCUGGCGGGGCGGCUGGUGGCCUUCGUGACGAUGCUGCGCCGCACCCUCAACAGGGACCGGCCGCCGACCUCCCCGGAGCGGGUGGUCGUGUGGUACGACGCCGUCACCAUCGACGGCGACUUGUGCCACCAGAACGGUCUCACGGAAAGGAACAAGGCAUUUUUUGACGCCGGCGACGGUCUCUUUACGAAUUACAACUGGCGCCCAAACCGCCUCGUUGUGUCGACCGCGCUGGCGGGGGAUCGUGCCCGGGACGUGUACGUCGGGGUGGACGUGUUUGGGCGCGGCGUGUAUGGAGGUGGAGGCUACAACAGCGACAAGGCUGUGAGGUGCGCGGCGGCGGCGCAGCUGUCCGUCGCCCUCUUUGCGCCCGGGUGGACGCUGGAGGUGGAGGGCGGGGGGAGGCGGGAGGUGUUUCUCCACUCCGACGCCGAGAUGUGGGCAAGGGUGCAAGGUUUCUUUAGGCCCAAGCAGGUUGCGUAUGACACGCUGCCGCUCUGGACCUGCUUCCGCUCGGAUGUGGGGAAACAGUUCUUCGUCAACGGUGAAUGCGUCGUGGGAGGGGGCUCGCACGCCGUGGAGUGGUGUCAGCUCUCCCAGGCGCACUUCACGCCUUGUUGCCAGUUCAUCUCCAGCAGCGAGAAGUGCGGUGCGUGGUGCGGGCUGCCUCUGGAAACGGAGGCCUGUGACGCAGACGAGGCAGACGCCGCGCCGCGGGGCGUGGCACCUGUGGAGUGGCUGACAGACGCGGCGUGGAUGGGGGACCGCAGCCUGAGAUUCGUUGUGCCUUGCCGAGGUGCCGUGACACUCCUGCGGUCGCAGAUCGGCCUCGCCGGGGACGAUGGCAGCGGUGGCCCGCUGGCGUUUCUGGACGUUGCCUGGUGGUGUGACUCCAGCAGCAGCGAACGUUGCUCUUCGCGGCGCCUGCGUGUGGCGGGCGUCUCUGCCGCCGCCACGACGCACCUCGUGCUGGACGAGGAGAAUACCCCCGGUAGGACGGCAAGCGUUGUUGCGCGGGUCGGUGACUGGGAGAUUGUUCGCUACGUUAUCCCGGCCAGCACCAACUGGUCGAGUAUAACCUCGGUGGCGGUGCUGAACACCUCCGCGGUGCAUGCGCUGAGCUGCACUCUGGGCGGCAUAGGCUUCCUUCCACCCACGUGCACUGACAAGGAGGAGGAGAGUGUGCUGCUGGUUGGCCCGGCACAUCUGCUACCUGCCGACGCGUUCGUCGUCAGGCUAACCAACCGGCCCACGACACGCGCAGUGGAGCUGCGGUUGCCGCAGGCAGGGAAAGAGUGGGGGAGUUUCCUGGCCUUCGCAAAGGUGCGUGCGGAGGGCGGCGCGCCGGUUUGUGUGUACAUGGGACAGCACGAGGCGAAACCGAAGAUGUGGCUGGAGCUUCACAUUGCGGCCAGCGCCAGCGUGGAGGAGCUGCUGCUUCGCCGUGUCUCCCCCGGCAGCUGA